UUCCUAGGAUUCACUUCCGAAUCAGCACUACGAAGAUAAGAUCAACGGKAUAUUAAAAUAGAGUGAUGGAUCGGUACGUCCAUGGUAUAGGUCSACGAAAACCAGAGAAAAAURMGAAUGACUGCAUCGSUUGCUUUCUAAUGGAUGGACCGAUCGCAUUGGAGAAUGGUUCUCCAUAUAAGAGCUUCACUGCGGAAGCAACUGGGCCGGUUGUGGCAAUGUAUUGGGACCCAAGCGUUACGUAUGUACUCAUUUUAAUCCUAACCAUCUCUUUCGUAACUUCUCUCACUCUCACUCUGCAAUUAAUYGAUCUUGGCUUUGAUGGCAUAACAAUGACGUACUGGGUUGCUCGAACUUAUGCUGUACUCUUGCAUCGCUGUCGCAUCACGCCCGGGAAAUAUUGCAUCCAAAAAUAAUCAAUCUACUUGCAUAGUUAUCAAAAGAUCGAAAAGCCGGACUCGGCAUUGGGAGAGGGAACUUAUGGGGUUGUUUACAAGGCUCGCGACAAGCAAACGGACGAAAUUGUUGCCUUGAAACGCAUCCGAUUGGAGGUCGAAGACGAAGGGAUUCCGUCCACAGCUCUCCGCGAAAUCAGUUUGCUUCGGGAAUUGACGCAUGAGAACGUUGUAGAGCUUAAAGACUGCGUCCAAGAACUCGGAAAGCUCUAUUUAGUCUUCGAAUUCCUUGACAAGGACUUGAAGAAGUACAUGGAAUCAUGYAGUGGAUUGCUCUCCCCUCUAUUGGUCAAGUCCUAUCUCUUCCAAUGCGUCCGGGGACUUGCUUUUUGCCACGCUCGAGGAGUUAUGCACAGGGAUCUCAAGCCACAGAAUCUUCUUGUGACGCGAGACGGMCGCCUUAAGCUUGCUGACUUUGGGCUUGCACGUGCUUUUUGUCCACCCAUCCGACCCCUAACGCACGAGGUCGUGACCCUGUGGUACCGACCCCCUGAGAUUCUUUUAGGAAGCCAGACAUAUGCUCCCCCAGUUGAUGUCUGGGCUAUUGGAACAAUCUUUGUUGAAAUGGUCACGAAACGACCUCUCUUCCCGGGAGACUCKGAAAUCGACCAGAUCUACAAGAUCUUCCGGUUGCUAGGAACACCCGACGAAGAUGUAUGGCCAGGCGUCACGCAUUUGCAAGAUUGGAACGCUGCGUUUCCCAGGUGGCAAAAGAGACCAUAUUCCAGCGCCGUCACCAAACAUCUCGAUAACGCAGGAAUGGACUUGUUAGAGCGAUUCCUGUUCUACGAUCCAAAGGAUCGAAUUACCGCCAAGGAAUCUUUGAACCAUCCGUACUUUGACGACUUGGACAAGGAAAACAUCUAAGAGAAUAAAUGUGGAGUCGCCAA